AUAGACGUAUGAUAACAGAGUGAGGUGCUUUGAUUGAGAGUGAGCGUUUGAAUUCGAAAGAGAGUGAAGAGGAAUGGUUGGAUGAUGGUAUUUUGACACUACCGAAAUUUGACAUCACUAUUAUGUUUUAUAUAUGGUUGUUUACUUGAUUGUGUUUGAGCCGCUAAACCUUUAUGUAUGUAUAGUAAAACUCAAUCUUUGAAAAAUUACGUAUAUAGAUCUUAGGUGACCCAACAUCUUUUGAACAUUACUCAAGAGUCUUUCUCAAUAUAGGUUCUUGCAAAACUCAAAAUUGACCCUCGGAAGCCACAAAGGCAUAUGAGGUGACGACAUGCACUGCUUAAUACAUUACAAACCAAACCCCCAAACUUAAUAAUUACUUGUUUGUUUUUAUAAGAAAUAAUUCACUUUUUAGCAUUUGUAUAAGCUAGAAACACAAAGGGAUAUUGUAACGGGAAUAACUAACAACCUGAAAAAAUGUCUCAUUCUCUUUCUCACCUAUGCUAUCUUCAAACGCUCCCGCCAAUAUCUCACAACGGCCGCCAAAAUCCGCCGUUAAAUGAGCGGAGGAGAAAAUUAUACGUAACUUGUGGCCGUGGAAACAAUAGAGCUUCGACGCCAACCAAAGACGAUUACCAUGCCACUCUCAAAGCUCUUAACUCUAAAGGCAGAAUCCCCAGAAAAUCUCUUGGUCAGAAUUAUAUGCUGAACUCUGACAUAAAUGAGCAACUUGUUGGUGUGGCUGGUGUUGAGGAAGGUGACGUGGUGCUGGAAAUUGGGCCAGGAACUGGUUCCUUGACCAAUACUCUAAUAAACUCUGGUGCAUUUGUUCUGGCAGUUGAGAAGGAUAAACACAUGGCUGCCCUCGUGAGUGAAAGAUUUUCUAGUACAGGAAAGUUCAAGGUUUUGAAUGAGGAUAUUGUCAAAUGUCAUGUGCGCGCUCAUAUAUCAUCAUUGGUUGGAAGCACAAAGGAAAUAUAUUCAGAUACUAGAAAAUCAAAAGUGGUUGCUAACAUUCCAUUCUAUAUCAGUACAGAUGUGAUCAAACUAUUACUUCCAAUGGGUGACAUUUUCUCAGAAGUGGUUCUCUUACUUCAGGAGGAGACUGCCCUGCGCUUGGUAGAACCAUCGCUACGGACCCCUGAGUAUCGUCCCAUCAAUAUAUUUGUUAAUUACUACUCAGAUCCUGAGUACAAAUUUAAGGUUGCUAGGACAAACUUUUUCCCGGAGCCUAAUGUUGACGCAGCCGUUGUCUCAUUCAAACUGAAGCAACCAUCAGAAUAUCCCCAAGUUUCAUCGAGUAAAAGCUUCUUCGCAAUGGUUAAUUCAGCAUUCAACGCAAAGCGUAAGAUGAUACGCAAGUCACUUCAGCACAUAUGCACAUCCGUUGAGAUAGAAGAAGCUUUAGAAAGCAUAGGACUUCUAAGUACUUCAAGGCCUGAAGAACUUACGAUGAAUGAUUUCGUAAAACUGCAUAACAUAAUUACCAAAGAGUAGCAGGCUGCAUUUAUGUUGAAUUGAAGACCAAACUCUAGCAGAAGAAGGUCCCAAAGAUUCACACAUUCACAAGGCUCUUUGUUGCAGCACAUACAUGAUUCAAAUAGAGAAUCGCAGUAUUGAGAAUCAUGAUGACAUCUCAGGUUGAGAAUAUAUUGGAAUCCCAACAGUUUUCUUCAACUAAUGUAUCAAGAAUAGGGGUACGAUGUUCAUAAAUAAUAGAAAGAUAUUAGGUUCAUACCCUGCACUGCACCGUUUGUACUAUGUUGUGUAUAAUCUUGUAAGUUUCACUGCCAUCAAAGGCACUUGUAGCCAUGGUUUUAAAAAACAUUCCACAACCAUGAUUGUGACGUCUGUGACAAUAAGUUUUCUGACGUCUCUAUAACCACAAUUACAGUCUCAUAAAUUGUAUUUGAUCAUAAUUUUCUACAAUAACAAGUAUUGCAAUGCAACUGCGAUUCGGAA